ACUGAAAUCACAUGACUUGCCCGAUUUGAUACACGAUCCGAACUACUGAUACGAAUCAAAAGAUUCGUAAAGCUUUCAAAAGCGGUUAUCACUACUAAUCACACAAUUUAUACUACAAACUGGUGUAGAAUAGUACACAGGUGUGCGAUUUGUGACGCACUAUCUCUCUUGUGACCGGUACAGGUAACUAUAUCCUACUUUCUCUUUUGAUGUCAGCGCUGUCACGGAAUGGCGUCGAGUAAAGUGUCUAAAUUCAUUAUAGUUCUGUUGGGGAAAAGUUUCUCAGAGAGCAGCAGAGUGGGAAACUUCAUCCUGGGAGUAAAUGUGUUUAAUACUGAAGAUCCUCCAUCUUCAGUAGAACCUCUGUGUAGUAAGGGACAAGUGGAGGGAAGAAUCGUCUCCAUCAUCCACACCCCUCAUCUCUAUAACCCACAGCUCUCUCAGGAGGAACUGACUCCGAUAAUCAAUCAGUCUGUUUCACUCGCAGGACCUCGUGUGUUUUUACUUGUGAUUCAGAGUCACAGUUUUACAGAAGAGGACAGAAAGAGACUGAGAUCCAUCCUGAACUCUUUCAGUGUUCAGGCCAUAAACUACUCCAUAGUGAUAACUGCAGAUCCUGAAGUGGAGAAAGGAUAUGGAAGGAAGUAUAACGCUUUUGAAAGGUUAAUGAAGGAGUGUCAUGGAAGACAUCAUCAUUUUACACAGUUACAGAAAUACAGCAAGUAUUCAGUUGGUCACCUGUUUGAGAAGAUCGACCAGAUGCUCACAUGUGGGACGUCUGAGGACAUACAGAAAGACACGCUUUUACACAUUGUGUCUAAUCUGAGGAUUAUUCUGUUGGGGAAAACUCUCUCAGACACCAGCACUGUGGGAAACUUCAUCCUGGGAAGAUCUGUGUUUGAGACUGAAGAUCCUCUACAUUCAGUAGCGCUUCAGUGUGUGAGAGUUAGAGGACAUGUGGAGGGAAGAUACAUCACCAUCAUCAAUGCACCUCAUCUUUUUCAACAAACCCUCUCACAUCAUCAGCUCACACUGGGUAUUAAAGAGUGCAUGUCUCUAUCGGAUCCUGGACCUCAUGUCAUAAUGCUAAUUGUACAGCCGAAAAGUUUCACUGAAGAAGACAAAACAAGACUGGAUAAAAUUCUCUCAUCUCUGUCUGAGGAGGCCCGUAAAUACACCAUGGUAGUAACUACAGAAAACAUCGAACUCGGCACCAGUGUAGAUGAGGAUGAGGAAAAUGCCAUACAGAAGAUCAUUGCUGAAGGUAGUUACAGACAUUUAGAGUUCACUGGAUGCAGCCGGGUCAGUCUUGUGGAGAAGAUGGAAGAGAUGGUUAAGGUGAAUAAAGGAAGCCUUUCCUGUGAUAUAUUUGAAGAUGCUGGUCCUGCAGUAGGUCAAAAACAGUCUCAGCAAAGUGUUGGUCAACAAGAACAUCAAGAAACAGAUCAGGAAGAACAUAUUCAAACAAAAAAACAACAACCAAACAAACAAACAAACCCCCCAAAAAAGUCCAUUACGGAUAAAUUUAAAAGAUAUGUACAAAAGAAGCAACUCAGUGAAUCAAAACAGACUCCACAGUUGAAACUAGUGCUGCUGGGGAAGGAAAGAGUAAAGGCUUCAAUAUCUAAAACUUUAUUGGGUGAAAAGGCCUCAGUGAUCCAGACAGACUCCAGCUCGAUGUGUGUAAAGCAGGGAGAAGUGUGUGGACACCUGAUCACGCUGGUGGAGAUGUCCGCUCUCCACAACACUCAGCUCUCAGAACAGGAAGUGAUGCGUCAGACUCUACACUGUGUCUCCGUCUGUGAGCCUGGAGUUCAUGCUUUCUUCAUCAUUGUUAAUGAAGGUCCUCUCACUGAUGAAGAUAAAGGAGAAAUAGAGUUGAUUCAGAGGAUCUUCAGCUACAGAGUUUAUGACCACAUCAUAUUCACCAUCAACCAGCAGUCCCAGAAGAAACAGUUAGACGAGACACUUCAGACUGUAAUAAAGGCAUGUGGAGGACGAUAUACAUUCUACAGCAGCAGAACAGUUGCAGCAGAACUGAUUACACGUGUGGAAAAGCUUCUUAAACAGAACAGCAGUCGUCUGUAUACGAUGGCCAUGUACUCUGAAGCCCAGCUUGAAACACAGCUGCAGUACAAAAGAGAAAUUGAAAAUCUGCAACGACAAAUGACUGAAAUCACGAUGAGAAACAGAAAUCAAACACAAGGUUUAUUACGCCCUCACAGAUGGCAUAGCGUGCCAGUAAUACCCCCCACAAUGUCUGAAGUGAGGAUUGUGCUGCUGGGGGAAAAUGUUCCUCUGACCAACAGAGUGGGAAACUUCAUCCUGGGCAGAUCUGCAUUUGGGACUGAAGAUCUUCUUUCUUCAGUAAAGCUGCACAGUGAGAGAGCCAGUGGUCAUGUGGAGGGACGAAUCACCACCAUCAUCAACACACCUCAUCUCUAUAACCCUCAACUCUCUCAGGAGGAACUGACUCAGAGAGUAAAAGAGUGCAUUUCUCUCGCUGAUCCUGGACCUCAUGUGUUUCUGUUAGUGCUUCAGUCAGAAUUUAACACACAUGAGGAGCAAGACAGAGUCAGAAGCGUAUUAGCCACUUACAGCCCACUGUCUAGGGAACGCUCAAUAGUGUUAACUACAGGCGAAGACCAUGGAUUCAUCAGUGAAUGUGAAGUGAGACACCACAGAAUCCAGAAUAUAUCUACAUUUGAUAAACGUCAGGUUCUUCAGCUUUUGGGGAAAAUAGAUGGAGUAGUGAAGGAGACUGGAGGAAGUGAUCUACAAGAGGAGAAGAACUCAGGAACAUUGAGAAGACAUCAGGAUCUUGUGACUGAAAACACAGAUGGAGAUACAGUAAGGAUAAAACUGGAGGAGAAUAAUGUGUCUAAUCUGAGGAUUAUUCUGUUGGGGAAAACUCUCUCAGACACCAGCACUGUGGGAAACUUCAUCCUGGGAAGAUCUGUGUUUGAGACUGAAGAUCCUCUACAUUCAGUAGCGCUUCAGUGUGUGAGAGUUAGAGGACAUGUGGAGGGAAGAUACAUCACCAUCAUCAAUGCACCUCAUCUUUUUCAACAAACCCUCUCACAUCAUCAGCUCACACUGGGUAUUAAAGAGUGCAUGUCUCUAUCAGAUCCUGGACCUCAUGUCAUAAUGCUAAUUGUACAGCCGAAAAGUUUCACUGAAGAAGACAAAACAAGACUGGAUAAAAUUCUCUCAUAUCUGUCUGAGGAGGCCCAUAAAUACACCAUGGUAGUAACUACAGAAAACAUCGAACUCGGCACCAGUGUAGAUGAGGAUGAGGAAAAUGCCAUACAGAAGAUCAUUGCUGAAGGUAGUUACAGACAUUUAGAGUUCACUGGAUGCAGCCGGGCCAAUCUUGUGGAGAAGAUGGAAGAGAUGGUCAAUUUGAAUAAAGGAAGCCUUUUCUGUGAGAUAUAUGAAGAUCCUGUUGUUGUAGUAGGCCAAAAACUGUCUGAGCAAAUCGUAGGUCAACAAGAACAUCAAGAAACAGAAGUACAGGAAGAACAUAUUCAAACAAAAAAAAACGACCAACCAAACAAACAAACCCACAAAAAAAAGUCCAUUACGGAUAAAUUUAAAAGACGUGGACCAAAGAAGCAACUCAGUGAAUCAAAACAGACUCCACAGUUGAAACUAGUGCUGCUGGGGAAGGAAAGAGUAAAGGCUUCAAUAUCUAAAACUUUAUUGGGUGAAAAGGCCUCAGUGAUCCAGACAGACUCCAGCUCGAUGUGUGUAAAGCAGGGAGAAGUGUGUGGACACUUGAUCACGCUGGUGGAGAUGUCCGCUCUCCACAACACUCAGCUCUCAGAACAGGAAGUGAUGCGUCAGAGUCUACACUGUGUCUCCGUCUGUGAUCCUGGAGUUCAUGCUUUCUUCGUCAUCGUUAAUGAAGGUCCUCUCACUGAUGAAGAUAAAGGAGAAAUAGAGUUGAUUCAGAGGAUCUUCAGCUCCAGAGUUAAUGACCACAUCAUAUUCAUCAUCAACCAGCAGUCCCAGAAGAAACAGUUAGAUGAGACUCUUCAGUCUGUGAUAAAGGCAUGUGAGGGACGAUAUACAUUCUACAGCAGCAGAACAGUUGCAGCAGAACUGAUUACAUGUGUGGAAAAGCUUCUUGAACAGAACAGCAGUCGUCUGUAUAUGAUGGCCAUGUACUCUGAAGCCCAGCUUGAAACACAGCUGCAGUACAAAAGAGAAAUUGAAAAUCUGCAACAACAAAUGACUGAACUGAAGAGAAACAGAAAUCAAACACAAGAUUUAUUGAAAAACCCUGACACACUCAGAAUUGUGCUGUUGGGGAAGACCGGAGUUGGGAAGAGUGCAUCAGGAAACACCAUUCUGGGGAAAGAGGUAUUUAAUGAAGGUCUGUUUGGUGAGUCAGUUACCAGCGUGUGUCAGAAAGAGACAGCAGAAGUCAAUAAGAGAGAGAUUACUGUGAUCGACACUCCAGGACUGUUUGACACAAAUGUCGAUAAUGAUGAAACCAGGAAAGAGAUUAUUAAAUGCAUCUCCAUGGCAGCACCUGGUCCUCAUGUGUUCCUGCUGGUGCUGAAAUUAGGGAAUCGCUUCACACAAGAGGAGAAACAGACAGUGAAAAUCAUUGAAAAGACUUUUGGGCAGAAAUCUAACAUUUACACUAUCGUGCUCUUCACUGGAGGUGAUCUGCUAAAAGGACGGAAAAUUGAAGAGUACAUAGAAAAAGCUGGUCCAUGGUUAAAGAAGCUUUUAUUAGACUGUGGUAAGAGAUACCAUGUUUUCAACAACAACGAUAAAUCCAGCAACACCCAGGUCCUGAGUCUUCUGGAUAAAAUUGACUCGAUGGUGAAGGUGAACGGAGGAGGCUGCUACACUAAUGAGAUGUUCCAGGAGGCGGAGGAAGCUCUAGAAGAAGAAAAGGAGAGAAUACUGAAGGAGAGAGAGGAGCAGAUAGAGAGAGAGAAAGAAGAACUGAAGGCCAAAUAUGAAGCACAAAUGGAGGAAAUGAAGAGAGAGAUACAGAAACAAAAAGAACAUCAAGAAGCAGAAGGGAGAAGAAAAGAAGAAGAAUUUAAACAGAAAGAAGAGAAAAUAAAAAGAGAAAUGUCAGAAAGGGAACAACAGGUAAGAGAGGACUUCAGGAAGAGAAGAGAAGAAGAUGACUUGAAGAUGAAGGAACGGAUUCAAGAAAUAAACAGAGAGAGAGAGGAGAACAGGAAACAGUGGGAGAGACAAAGAGAGGAAGAUCAGAAACAGAGAGAUCAGGAGGAGGAGGAAAGAAGGAGGAGAAAACAACAAUGGAAGGAGAAACAGAGAGAGGAGAAUGAGAGGAUUAAACAAGAAAAAGAAGAAAUGGAAAAUAACAAAGAAAAAGAAUUAAAGAAACUGCAAAAAGAGUAUGAACAGAAGGCAGCAGAGGAGGAGAAGAGAAAAAGGCAUUUAGAGGAGAAAAUAAAGUAUGCAGAGGAAAGUAAAAAGAAAGAACUACAAGAUCUUCAGUUAUCCCAAAAACAAGAGUGGGAACGAAGGAUGAGGAAAGAGGAGGAGAAGAGAAAACAGCAGCAGAGGAACUGGGAGGAAAAAAUUGCUGCUAUGGAUAAAAAGUGGAGUUUAGAUCAGAUUAGGAAGCAGAGGAAAUAUGAGUGGGAAAAACAGAAAGAAAAGGAGGAGAGAGAUUUAAAAGAAAAGGAAAGAAAAGAGAAAGAAGAACAAGAAAAGAAAAUAGAAAAUGAUUUAAAUGAAAAGAUAAGAAAGAUGGAAGAACAACUAAAGGAACAAAGAGAAAAAGACGAGAGAGAAAGAAAGGAAAAAGAUGAAGAACACAAAAAGGAAAUGGAAGAGAAACUACAGAAACAACAGGAAGAGUUCAGAAAGGAGAAAGAAGAGGAAGAGAGAAGACAGAACGAGGAGAAGGAGAGAAAUCUUGCCUUCAUUGAAGAGCAGCACAAGAAGCAGCUGGAGAACCUGAAGAUACAGACAGAACACGACGCCAGGAGACAGGCAGAGGAAGAAUUUAUCGCUAAACUUGAUAAAAAAGUUAAAGAGGCAAAAAAAGAAGGAUUUAAGGAGGGCCGUGCAAAAGUAGAGGCAGAAAGAACAAUACCAGGCAGAGCUGUAGAUCGAUUUGUAAAUAAUUGGUUCAAGAAGAAAAAUGUAUGAAAACUUAUUAAAAUGAUAAAAUCCAUUUUAGUGUUGGUUUGCUGAGUACAAAGUUUAAUCUUUGCAUAAUUAGCAUCAGUACACAGACUGGCAACAAAAAGCCCGUAUCCAGAGUGACUUACAUUUAUCUCAUUUAUACAAAUGAGCAGUUGAGGGUUAAAGGCCUCGCUCAAGGACCCAACAGUCACAGGUUGGUUGGUUUGAACAGCCUUCUGAUUUGUAUUGUUUGUGUUAAGAUAACAUGUAAGACGAUUAAACUCAUUUUUUCUAAA